AUGUCGCUUUUUGGCACUUUUGGCAACAUCCCGACCACCAGCGGGUCACCAGGUGUAAGCUUUCCAAAAAAUAUGCCUUCCAGCAUCACUGCCGAAGGCAGAUCGUCUAGCGCAGGCCUUUUCGGCAACAAUAGACCUUCAGGCUCAAGUAUUUUUGGCGGAGCAACUGGUAGCAGCACAACCAACAACAGGCCCACCGGCGGGAGCAUCUUCAGCCCCGCUUCUAUGCAAAAUGACAGCUCACGCCCAACCCCAUCAACAGGUAUACAUUCACCAUUGCCACUAUUUGGUGGCGCGAGUCUGAAUGCGCAGCCGUCGCAACCUCCGAUGAGCGACCAGAACACUAGCACCGGCACUACCGAAAGAGAUAGGAACGACAUCGAAGCUCUUCGUAAUGAGAUCGAAGAGCUGCGCAGGAAGUUGGACAAUAACACCCAGAACACGAGCGACCUGGUCGAGGCAAUAAAAGACGGCUUUGUUGAUAUAAAGACCACGCUCAUGGAUAUCCAAAAAUCACUGAGCGGGCAAAACGACGAACUCAAGGACGCGCGCAUGAGCAACUGGAGCCUGCGUACCGAUGUGCUCGGCCUACGGGACGACGUACAAGCUCUUCGCUGGCAGGAAAACAGUAAGGCUUCCGGAAGCAAGAUAAAUCUCGCUUUUAUUUCACAGUCAGAGUUCGAGAGUGCCAUUAAAGCCCAAUGCGCACAAGUGGUGCUUCCUCCUUUUCAAUCAAUGUUUACGGGUGGUCCGAUCCCCGAUUUCCCCAAAACAGUCGGAGACCUGGAGAAGCUUUCUGCUGAGCAGAUUGAUGAGAUUUUGCACCAUUUGUUGGUGAAGGAGACACCAGAAGGGUUGGAGCAGAAGCGGAAGUUGCUUAAAGAGAAGAUUUGGCUGAAGGUGUAG